UUGCUAUUAACCAAUCAAACCUCCAUUCUUUCACCUAUUCAAAUAAUAACUGUGUUCUGAUUGGUCCUUUUAAUAGUUAAAAUUACUGGUUAGGUUUAGUUACGCCUACUUUGAGACAUAAAAACAGCUACUAAAAUCUAACUGAUCAUAUCAUCUUGAAGAUACUCGUUGUAACCUUAUACACUUCAACCAGAAUUAAAAAUGGGGACAUUUGGUGGGCAUGCAUUACCUGGAAGCUUUUUUAUCAUCUAUGGUUUAUGGUCAAUUUGGCAUAUAUUAGAGAAAUUUUAUCAACGAAAAAGUUACGAAUUAAAUAAGUCUAGUGAACCGGCUCCUGAAUAUACAUGUAGAAUAUCCUAUCCAAUUGAAAGAAAAAAACUAUCUGAAGGUGAUAUGGCGAAAUGUUUUUCUCGUUUUAAAAAAUCAGUCCCAUUGGAUUCAUUAGCUAAAUUGGUGUGCUGUAUUAUUGGAAUAACAGGAGAAGUGAUAACAGGAUUCAGUAAAGACUGGAUAUUUGUAAAUAUUGGUAAUGCGCAACAUUCUACAAUGUUCUCAUUAUUUGGGCUAAGCGGAGCUAUUGAAUUGUGCAUAUUUUAUGGGAUCAUUAAAAUUCCAUUUCAAUCAGAAUAUCUUUUUCAUGGAAUAGCACUAUGGGGAGAAUUAUUUUUAUUCGUAUUUCAUUUACAUCAUAGAAAUCCACUAGAUGUUUACCUACAUUUAUUAUUAACCGGUAUGAUUAUAUUAGGGGUUCUGGUAUCAGUUGUUGAAUUAUUACAUCCACACGAACCUAUUUUUGGUUUAAUACGUAGUUGGACUUAUCUUAUGCAAGGCACAUGGUUUUGGCAAGUUGGAGCUAUUCUGUAUCCUAAAACAUCAUGGAUGCCAGUAUGGGAUCAGCAAGCUAAACAGAGUAUACCAGCAGCUGCAAAUUUAUUCGCCUAUCAUAUGUUGGGAAAUUACAUUGUAAUCGUUCUAAUCACUAUAACAAUCAUGAUUCGUACAAAAGUUAGUUUGAUGAGUGAUAAAACAAUGAGAACACGUUUAUCAAGAAGAGAACAUCGCCAACAACCACAGGAACAUCAACAAAGUUCACAAUCACUGGAACAACAAACCUUUUCACUUAACAAUGAUUCUGAAGAAAUAGAAUUAUGGAAUUAUAAUCAUAGUUCUACAGGGAUUAAUGAAGUUAAUCAAAGUGACAGGACCUGUGUUUAAUGAAUGAACCAUAAAGCACUUGUCAUUUUGUCAAUAAGUCAUUAUGUUGAUGCCGAAUAGAUUGAACUGGUAAUAAGCUGAAGCAAUUUAAAAUGUAAUCAAGUUUCAUAAUAUAAAAUUAUUUCCUC